AUGGAACUCAACCGAGAAUAUUUUCGCGCCAUAAUUUAUUACAACCUUCAGAGACAAUCACCACAUCAGUCGACAAUUUCCCGUUGGUAUGGAGAAUUCGAACUCACCCAGGAAAACGUCGAUGCUGUGCGCAAACUCAUCAUUGAAGAUAGACAUAAAUCAGUUUCUCGUUGGAUACCCCACCUGUUGACUGAAGAGCAGAAAGCAGCCAGGGUUAAUUGCAUUGUUAGUGGUGAUGAAUCGUGGAUUUACUGUUAUGAACCAGAAAAUAAACGACAGUCAGCGGUUUGGGUGUUCCAAGGUGAAGAAAAGCCAACAAAAGUCAUCCGUUCUCGAAGUGUUUCGAAAAAGAUGGUCGCGACCUUUGUGUCAAAAGCUGGUCAUAUUGCAACAAUUCCUCUUAAUGAGCAAAGAACUGUUACUACGGAUUGGUAUACCACCAUUUGUUUGCCAAAAGUCAUCACCGAGCUUCGAAAAAUCAACCCCGAAAGAAGAAUCAUUCUCCACCAAGACAAUGCAAGCUCGCACACAGCCCAAAAAGCAAGGCAAUAUUUAACGGAAGAAAACGUGGAAUUAUUAGACCAUCAUCCAUAUAGUCCCGAUCUAAAUCAUAACGAUUUCUUUACUUUCCCAAAAAUUAAAAACAGACUGCGUGGUCAAAGGUUCCAGUCAUCAGAAGAAGCAGUUGACGCAUUCAAAAAUGCCGUUUUGGAUCUGCCAGCGAACGAGUGGAAUAAGUGCUUCGAAAAUUGGUUCGAGCGCAUGCAAGAUGUGUAUUAA